GGCAAUUCCCAACCAUCAACGCACAACAAGGAUCCCAUCAAGAUGAAGGUCCGCUCGUCCGUGAAGAAGAUGUGCGACUCGUGCAAGACCGUUCGCCGCCGCGGCAAAGUGUACGUGAUCUGUGACAAGAGUCCCAAGCACAAGCAGCGCCAGGGAUUCCACACCGUCGCGACUCCCGCGGUCGUGAACACUGCCCCGGUUGUCGCAUCGCCCAACACGAACUUCCGCGCGAUGAUGUUGCGCGCGCAAUACCCUGGUUUGUCGUCGUUCCAAUCGUUCCGCGACGCUGCCGCUAAGCCAUUGUUCUAGUGCAAUCAAUAGAUGAACCUUGUAGAUUCUUGCGACCUCAUCCCGCUUGUGUUGGCCACCAUUGUAUGCGACAGACAACACGACGUUUUGUUUUCAAACAAUGCUUUGAAUAUCGCCUUUUGAUCUGGUGG